AUGGCUUUACCCUCAUCUUCUACUCCCUCCUCUCCUCCACCCCCAGCAUCAGCCACCGUCCCUCCUACCUCUAAGAUACAGACCCAGGAGCUAGCACAGAUUGAGCUCCAGGACCGGUUGAACCUCCAUAGCAAAAAACUCGUCUACUUUCUUGAUACGGAGGUCCUCAACCGGCCCCUUCGGUCCUCUCAAUAUAAGAAAGAUCGUAUACGACCAGAUGGAUCAAAGGUGGAACAAACGCUAGGAAGCAACUCUAUCACGCAAUAUAUCAAUGCUAUUGUGGACCUCCGGAAGUUCCAAAAAAGCAUUGGUACAAAUAACUUCCCAAACCCCCGCGGAUAUGCCGUUUCGGCCUUAAUAGCCGGCCGACUACAUAAGGAAAGUGAGCGAAAGCGCGAGCAGUAUCUUGACCGAGCCGCGGGCACCCUACAGUAUGGAUAUUCUAAGGACAAAAUCAAGGACUUCGUACGAUACUGCUGGCAAGGAUGGAGGACAAAAGACCUCAAGCACCGAAAGCCUCAGGCUCAGCAGUCCUAUCUUCGGACAGCUGUGGAUUUCCUUUUUAGUCACAAUAUGCUCCUUCGCGGAGAAUCGCGCCGGCAGCUCCAAUUUCCUGACCUAUUCACUGUCUCUUUGCCUAACGAAGGACCGACCCCUUGUUGGCCAAUGAUCAUGAUCAUGAAUAAUGGGAAGACUAAUCAGUUUGGUCGCUUACAAUAUAUGGGGGUAAUGCGCCAUCAGGAUCCACUCCUUUGCACUAUGAGCCAGGCGGCUUUCUACCUCUUCUAUCGCUGGCAGAUAGUAGGAGAGCCUCUACCUCAGUUUCGGAGCCGACCACAGUGGUAUAAUUUCCACUUCUUCAAGGGCGCAGAUCGAGAGAAGCCAAUCUCGUACGAGAUCCAGCUAAAAUGGGCUAAUGAGGUCUAUGAGGCAAUCAAUCUCUCUACCGAUAAGAAGACACAUGCUGGGGGUCUAAACAAGCUGAGCUAG